UCUCUCUUCAGCCUUCUUGAUAUUUCAUAUAAGAGCACAUAAGAGCAUUGGAACACAUUCGAAGCAAUUGCAAGAGCAUAAUGACACAAUUCGGUGCUUACUGUCGGGGCACUUCGUCGCCGUCGACCGCAUUAGUCAUCGAUUGUUGAUUAUGUCAUGUGCUCGUCCGGUGCAGUAUAAUGCGCGAGAAUAAGUGUCAUUGAGUAAAAGGAGAAGAAAGCUUGGCGCGUCCCAAGCACAGAGUGAACGCAGAAGUGUGUGCUGACUGCGGAGCACUCGAACCAGGAUGGGCAUCGAUAAACAGAGCUAUUUUACUAUGUGACGAUUGUUGUGGAAUUCAUCGUAGUCUAGGUCGGCAUGUGUCGCAUAUUAAGUCACUGCAUAAGGGUGUUUGGAAUGCUCAUUUAUUGAAUAUGGUGCAUACAUUGAAUGAUGGAGCUAACAGUAUUUGGGAACAUUCUUUGUUAGAUCCCAGCAACUCAAAGAUCAGCAGAAGAAAACCACAGGCUAAGGAUCCUUUACAUCCUAUAAAAGCAGAUUUUAUUAAGGCAAAGCAUCAACUCUUAGCCUUCAUAUUACGGCCGAGUAAAGAAGAAUGUUGUACUGAAGAGGAACUCAACAGACAGUUGCACAGUAGCGUUCGUACAAGCAACUUGGAAACUUCGUUGAGGUUAUUGGCUCAGGGAGCUAACCCCAAUUAUUUUUAUAAGGAGAAAGGAACUACACCCUUGCACGUUGCAGCUCGUGCUGGGCAAGCUCUUCAAGUUGAACUUUUAGUAGCUAAUGGUGCAAAUCCAAAUGUAAUUGAUACGAACGGACAGACAGCUGCUGAUAUUGCCAAAAUGGCGGGACAUAUAGAUUUAUCCGAACGCAUAAUUGAAUGUAUGUAUGAAGUAACAGAUAGAUUGACACAUCACAUAUCUUCUCGUAAGUUGAGUCACCGAGGUGACGAACAUCUCAUCAUUUCCGAUUUGGCCUCCAAUUUAGACAAGAACGAUAUAACUCUAGAAGGAAAAAAUAGAUUACAAAUGUUACCAAAUCAUUUGUUGGAAGAAUUAGCUAUGGACGUUUACGAUGAGGUAGAUCGCCGAGAAAUAGAAACAAUCUGGUUUUCAACUGCAACCCUUCCGGAGAAGUGUACCGUUCCGUUUUUGCCGGUUAAUCCGCAGUUGUCAUCCACCAGAAACCAAGGAAGGCAGAAAUUGGCAAGAUUUAUGCCAAAAGAAUUCACCACCCUCAUCGUAGAUUUAUUGGUUGAAGCGAGUCGAAGACAUAUGCUCGCCACUAACACACUUCAAAAUCCCGCGGUAUCUCUGCUUCGCAAAGAGCAACUUGGUAAGCACGGAUCGCAAGUAUCUGACGACGAACCUUUAUACGAUAGUGUCGCGUCCGACGAUGAUUACGCUGCGCUAACGUCGACGGAUAACACUUCAUCUGACGUUUCAAAUCAGCUUAAAAUUAGUAAUGAGGAGGCGUUUGCGCCAAUGGCUAAGGGUCUUCCAUCCAUGGUAGAAGUUCUAAAGAAACAAUUGACCCUGUCUGAAUCCACCGUACAAGAUCUUCGCGAGCAAAUACACACCUUACAAACCGCUGUUGAGCAACUCACUCAAGAAAACAGCGAACUGAAACAUAUGCUACAAGUUAAAGGUCCCGGCGAUGGCAACAUGAACGGGCACGUCGGCGGGGAACAGGAACCUGAAUUGGAACCAGUACAUGAUAUCAAAACUAUACGUGGAAAUCAACGACCGGCAUCUAUGUAUGAGACAAGAGAAGGCUUACGAAAACCGGCAUCGUGGUCAACAACCAUUUGUCAAACAAAGCGCGAUACAGAAGCAUUAUCGCGGAAUAAUACACAAAGCCUGUGGGAAUGCGGCGCUCCUAAUCUGCCGCCGAGUGAAGAGGUGACUCGGCGAACGGAACAAGUUACCAGACGAAUUGCAGAACUAUGGAUGGCUAUGCAAGAUCCUAGUCAACGAGAAGCCUUCGUCCCUUGUGCCGAGAGGAUACGCGUUGCUGUUGCUGAGCUAACUGCUAUAUUUCCUCAAAAUCCAAUAGAGGAGAAUAUCAGAUCUGCCUUACGUCAAUUAAACGGCAACACCGGAAGACUUCAAGCAGAAUGUUCUGGUCUUCAAAGGUGCACCAGUGAUGCCGAGCACAUGGAUCGUUGCCUGCAACAAGUACGUUCUUGCGCCUACGAUAUUGCCAAAGCAACCAAACUACUUGUUACACAGUUUCAAAUGUAAAUUCUUUUUAUGUCACGGGGGAGGUAUUGCAGUCCAAUUAUUUCUGUACAUUUUGGAAAAUGUAAAUACUUUUGUAUAGCGUAUCAAAUCUAUUAGGAAAUGUUGCCUUUUAAAUUUUAAUUAUAUUUGCAACGCUAUUCAUCUUACAA